AUGGAUCACGGUCAAGACAAGUCCAUGGAUAAAGCAAAGAACGUGACACUGCCAAAUAAACCAGAUAUCAUGACCGAACAUCAAGCGUAUAUGUUACGAUUUUCUUGUGCAGCAUUUUUCCUUGUAGCCAAAUCAGAAGAAUUCGCUAGAACUUGGGGAAUCGAGCAAGAUAUUCCACUUGAUACCUCUCCUUGGUUUUCUCGAUGGAUUUCAUUUUGGUGGUUAAACAAGUUAUUUCGAAUAAGUUCAAAGAGAAGACUUGAAGUGGAAGAUUUGUUUCAGAUCAGCUCUGAUGAUAAAUCCGAUACCUUAUUAAAAAAUUUUGAUAGAGAAUGGAAUAAGGAAUUACAGCUUCGCGAAUCUGGUAGUAAGCCAAGUCUACUUCGAGCGUUAUUGAGAUUGCAUGGCUUCGGUUAUCUUAUGCUAAGCAUUCCGUGCUUAAUUGCGCAAUCUGGUAGAGCUGUUUAUCCCAUUCUGAUUGGACUUCUUGUUGAAAGCUUCUUACCACAGUCUACAGCUAGUAAAACAGAACAGUACCUAUAUGCUUUAGGCUUAUGCAUAACCGCAUUUGGCAUUAUUUUCUUUGAACAACUUUACUACUUUAAAGCCUACCGAUUUGGAUGGCAAUUAAGAGUAGCUCUAUCUGCAGCUGUAUAUAGAAAAACAUUGAAAUUAAGUAGCGGAGCCGUUUCGCGAAUUACUACUGGUCGAAUAGUCAACAUCUUGGCGAAUGACAUGCUAAAAUUUAAUGAUGUAACGAAAUAUUUGACGUUCCUGUGGGUGGGAACUGCAACUGCAAUUGCAAUGAUUGCCAUCUUAUGGUUGCAAAUCGGUAUUGCAACUUUUGGUGUCAUUAGUGUGGUGGCUCUAGUGUUAGGUUUAAAGAGCUACGUGGCUUCUUUGCUGGCAACGGAGAGAUUGCGGUAUUUGAAAUAUGCAGACGAGCGAGUUAAGAUUAUGAACGAGAUCAUAACGGGAAUGAGAGUUAUAAAAAUGUAUGCUUGGGAAAAGUCCUUUGCAAAAGUUGUUACAGCUAUUCGCAAGAAGGAAAUCAAGCAUAUUUUAAGGAUUGCAUAUAUGAGGGCCUUCUUAGUUACGAUGCAAUUUGUGUCACCACUGUUGAUGCUGUACUUUUCUGUUGUCAUGUAUGGUCUAUUUGGAAAUCGUUUGGACAUUGUAAAAAUUUUUACUGUAUUUUCCCUACUGCAAGGCAUUCGUACUAUGAUAAUCUUUUGUGUUCCUGAAUCUAUCCAAAAUGCGUCAGAAACUUCAGUCUCGCUAAAACGCAUCGGGGAUUAUUUGCUGUCGGAAGAAUUACAUAAUCCAGAUACAUUACAUUACAGCGAAAAUAAUAAUACCAUUCACGACGUGCCAGUAGAGGUUACUAAUUUAAGCGUAUGGUGGACAGAUGAAAGCAGGCUGAUUUUGAAAGAUAUGUCUUUUAAAGUUGAGAAAGGCGAAUUGUGUGCAAUAGUAGGAUCAGUGGGAAGUGGAAAAUCAACACUUUUAGUGACUCUCUUACACGAUGUAAUGACUCUUAAGGGCAACUAUCGAAUUCAAGGAAAAAGUGCUUAUGCAUCUCAGCAAGCUUGGAUCAUAUCUGAUUCACUGAGAAAUAACAUACUUUUUGGCCAAGAAUAUGACGUAGACAAGUAUAAUAAAGUGAUUGAUGCUUGCGCUCUCAGAAAGGAUCUAGAAUUAUUACCAAAUGGGGAUAUGACUUAUGUUGGUGAAAGAGGAGUGCAGUUAAGUGGUGGCCAAAGGAUGAGAGUCAGUCUUGCUAGAGCUGUUUACUAUGACGCUGAUAUUUACUUGCUUGAUGAUCCUCUAAGUGCUGUUGAUGCGAAUGUUGCUAAGCACAUCUAUCAGAAGUGUAUCUGUGGCAUACUCAAGAAUAAAACUCGUAUAUUAGUGACUCAUCAAUUGCAUCACUUAAGAUCUGCGAAUAAAAUUAUUGUCUUGAAGGAUGGAUCCAUAAAAUAUAUAGAUACUUUUGAAAAUCUGCAAGCAAAAUCCGAAUUUUUUUCCAAAACUACCGAAGAACAAUCAGCAAAAAAUAUCGAUAACCAACAACCUGAGGUAAAUAUGGAUAUUCCAGAAUUUUCAGGAAAGUUACCAAAUCAAAUGACUUCAAAUGAUACGAUGAAAAUCAUUGAGGAAGAAGCUCGCAUGACAGGAAGCGUCCCAUGGAAACUUUAUGCAGAUUACCUCGUUUCGGUCUCUGGAAUAAUACCGGCAGUCUUGGCAUGCGCCUUAUUUCUAAUAAGUCAAGCUUCAGUGAACGCUGCUGAUUGGUGGUUUUCACAGUGGUCGUUUACAUACCAAAAUGCUUCUUCAUUAAUUAAUGGCUCAGUCGAAUCAAAUACCGUGCUUUUAUUUGGACUAUCUAAUGUUAAUGUUAUAGCCAUAUACGCGGGGAUACUGGUCUUUGCCACUAUAUUAAUAUCUUUAAGAUCAUGGACAAUAGCUAAAAUUGCUAUAAAGGCGUCUGAACACUUCGAGAGUAAAUUGUUUCACUCAAUGUUACAAACAGUAAUACACAUUUUUGAUGUUUAUCCUGCAGGAAGAAUAUUGAACAGAUUUUCGAAAGACUGUGCGCAGAUGGAUGAUCAAAUUGGAUAUAGUCUAUUGUUCACUAUUCAGUGUUUCCUGGUAGUGAUUGGUCAACUUGUGAUGAUGAGUGUUGUAAAUCCUUGGAUGUUGAUUCCCAUCACGGUGGUCUCUGUAAUUUUUAUCUUCCUAAGACGGUACUAUUUAUAUUUAUCAAGAGAUGUUAAGCGACUAGAGGCAGCAGGAAGCAGUCCAAUAUAUAGCCAUAUGUCUACAACACUGCAAGGCCUAACUACUCUCAGAGCUUAUAAAGCCAGCAAUAGAUUCUUACAACAAUUUAAAGAAUACACAGAUAGACACAAUAUUAAUCCAGCACUAGCAGCAUUACUUCUGAGUUAUGCUCUUAACUCUCAAGGAUUGGUAGAUUGGGCAGUGAGAUUCAGUGCCGAAUUGGAAAAUCAGAUGACAUCAGUUGAGCGCGUUAAAGAAUAUACUAAAUUGCCUAAAGAGAAGGAUUACUAUAAGAUAAGUGAUCUAUCAAGUGAUUGGCCAAAAUUUGGUAAAAUUGAAUUUAAGGACGUCUCAUUUGCUCACGCGGAUCACUUACCCUAUGUUCUCAAGUCCAUAUCAUGUAAAAUCAAACCAUUUGAGAAGGUUGGAAUCGUUGGACGUACUGGCGCUGGAAAAUCUUCAUUUCUAGCAUCUCUAUUUAGACUAUCUGAGCCGCGAGGGGAGAUUUUAAUUGAUAACGUAGUAGCUAAUAACAUAGGAUUGCAUUGCUUACGAAGUGCGAUAUCAGUCAUACCACAGGAUCCAGUGUUAUUUGUUGGUACUAUCCGAAAAAAUCUAGAUCCAUUUGAUUCCUACGAUGAUGAACAACUAUGGAAAGCGCUUCAUGAGGUCGAGAUGGGAAAUUACGUUAGUCAACUGCCUAAUAAAUUGAAUAAUGAAGUGACUGAGUUUGGAGCAAAUUUUAGUGUAGGCCAAAGGCAAUUAUUAUGUCUAGCAAGAGCACUUCUCAAGAAGAAUCGUAUAUUAUGUAUUGACGAAGCGACAGCUAACGUAGAUAUGAAAACUGAUACAAUUAUUCAGCAUACAAUCCGAAAUAAGUUUACUGAUUGCACUAUGCUCAUCAUUGCUCAUCGCCUAAGGACAAUAAUACAUUGUAACCGAGUACUGGUGUUGGAAGAAGGUAGAAUUGUUGAAUUUGAUUCACCUCAUAAUCUACUGCAAAUGAAUGGCUAUUUUAACAAGUUGGUAACUGAGACAGGCAAUGAAGAGAGUAGAAAUCUACGAAUACAGGCUGAACGCUAUCAUAACAGUCGUGAAACAUCUGAGGAAGCAGACAAAGAGAUCAUGUCAAGCGUUAUUUCAGAAAAGGACUUCUCAUUUAAGGGUCAUCAGAGAAAAAUAGAGAUGCAACAACAGCAAUAA